AUGACCGUUAUCGAAACUGCGGCAGUCAACGUCAUCACUGUCUCAAGCAUCAGAGGUGCGACUGCAUCUGUUAUGAAGCGCUCCCCAGGCUGUACAUCCAGUGACUGCUCACUCAUAAUAAAAGCUAGCAAGGCCCAUGAUAUGGCGUAUUCAACUGACGAUAUCGCAGAAGCGAUGAGCUUGCAGUCCUCUAAGUACAUAUUGGGUGCGUACCGCCCGAACCCAAAAUUCUUUGUCCUAACACAGUUUAGCGUCGAUGACUGCAUUAUGGGUAGGAUUAUUCUGAUCUAUCCACGUCCGCUGUCGAACUCGCUUAUCCAGACUUACGAUUAUACAUGUUCACUUCACGAAGAGGGAACAUUUUUGCUUCGGUCACCCUGGAGCAAGAUGAAAGGCCUCUAUAUCGUGACACGAUACCUCCCCUUUGUCUUUCUGGCCACAAAUCUAUCUAUGUACUUUACCCCGAAUGAGAACUCAGGUAUAUGCCGGGUGUUGGAAAAUACUCAAUCAGGUCUUGGAAUGGUAUUAACUAUUGUCUCCGAAACUUUUUUCAUCCUUAGAACAUAUGUGCUCUGGAACAGAAAUAGAAUCUUGCUCGUAGCCAUCUUGUCCACCUUUUUCGUGAGUUCCCAAUUAACUCAUAAUACCCAAGCUAGUGGUGAAUCCAUCAGACAGACUUUUCUUGUAGCAUCCUUCAGCAUUCUCUUCACCACUGACGUCGCUGCAGCAUAUGCGACUAGCACGAUCCAGGGAAUCACAGUGUGCUAUCAGAGUUCGACAAGUUUCCAGUACUUCAUACCAUUUCUUCUCCUUUCUGUGUCCGAACUGGGACUCAUGAUACUCACACUCAUACGCGCCAUGCAGAACUGGCGGAUAAACUCAAGCCAUCUGUAUGUUGUCCUGGUGAACCAUAACAUAUUCUAUUAUGCAUGCGGUUUUCUGUUUUCGGUAAUGAACAUUAUCACACCACUGCUCCUCCAGGACUCCUACCAGACCAUUUUGAAUAGUGUCCAGUUCAUCAUGCUUGCAAUUCUUGCCACACGCAUGCACCUCCAUCUCUGGCAGGCAAACCAACAUCCACACGACUCUACUAGUGCCCUCGUGCAUAUUCCAAUGUCCAACAUCUCAUUUGCAAAUCCCACGGUGUGAUGUCUUAUUCUGUGGCUUUUUCUGUGUCGUUCGUGGAGCGAGGCUUGGACCGUACAAGAUGACUGGUGGAGGUGGGUUUCGUAGAGUUUGUUACAUGCUUAACUUAUUGGAUGAGUCUGUUGCGGAGUGGGAGGAGCAUUUGGAUGUCCUUAAUCUACCUAUCACCCUAGUUUUUAAUGUAAGCGGUGACAGAUUCAGGAUCCAGAAUUUGAGUAUGCUAGAGCCAAAAUAAAGGACGAUCUGAUUCUGCUCCGGAGUCCUGCUACACAUCAUCAUGUAUAUUACGAGAAUUUGACUUGGUCACACACAACCAUGGAUGAUC